ACGAAUUGAAACGAAAUUAUUUAUCAGUCGUUUUAGAGCUUUGAUCGUAGACGGACUGUAUUCAUAACGUUGCUUUGUAGGAUUUUUUUGUGCAUUCAAGAAAAAUUACUAUAAUUACCAUUGUGUAUACAUAUACCACACACACGGAGAGCACAAGAAAAAGAAACAAACGGUCGAAGGAAGCGAGAUGCGAGAAAAUGUGAAGCAUAGUGAACGAAUUUCAGAAGAAGCAAGUGGAAAAAAAGAUUAGCCUUUGCCGACUGUAGAACGGGAUGUAAAGUGAGCAAGGCAGCAGGAAGUGAUAAGUUCGAGUUUGAUACGAACUGAAUUCUGGCAAUAGCUGCUGAUCGUAGCAUCUAUCGAAAAAGGUUGGUAAUCGGUACCCCCUUUUCCUAUUGUAUGUUCAAUCGAGUGAUGUGACAGUAGGGUAUAAAAUAUUACAGAGUGAAGCAAAAGUUUCUGAAAGUUAGUGUCGGUGGACGGAAAGCAGGAGAACGACACACAGCUUAAUCUCGGCGGCUGCGACGCGACAGCAUUUUCAUGCAGAACAGUACGCGCCGCGGUACGCACACUGCUGCAGAGCUACACACAGCAACAGACAUACGGCAGAUGUACCACAGCGAACAUCGUCGCGGCCGUCUUCUUGUUGGUCGUCAUCGUCAUCACCGUCAGAUCAGCGGCAGCGGCAGAAAAACAACACCGUCGACACGACCAUCGCCGUCGUCGUCCUCGUCGUCGUCGUCGUCGCCGUCAGCAGCAACGGUAGGAGCUUCUUCCACAGCAGUGUACCAGCAAAAGCAUGAAAAGUGCUCCGAAAAUACGCCAACGGCAACAGCAUGGAGCGAGCGAAGAAAAUGUUUUGAAAAGUGAUUUAUUUUUGUUCAUAUUUUUUUCUGGCAACCGAAAAAGAGCGUGAAAGCAAAAGUAAUAAGAAAUAUACGAAAAAUUUAUUUGUAUUGAAAAUACAGAAAAAAGGUAUCAAGGGUAAAAGCAGCAAGCAAAAAAAGAAAUGCUGAGAAAAGAUUUUUUCUUCAAAGUGAUGAUCGAAUGAUUUCAUGAAUGAAAACAACAGCCGCACACAGCGAAAGCGAAAAAAAAGUUAAAUUAUUUUGUAAGUGGAUACACAAAUGAGAGUGGGAUUCAAAGUUCAACAGUAAUAAAAAAAAAUACGUAAAAAGGUAUGCGAAAAAAAUAAAGUGCAGUGAGUGAAUCGAAGUAAUCAAGUUUACGUGCGAAAAAAAACGAGUGAAACAACAUAAAAUUAUCCAAGGCAGCAACAGCACACAAGGCUGGGCGAAAUCCUUCCCCAAGUGUACAGUGAAAGAAGCAAUGUGAUUUUUUAUGCCCAUUUCCGGCAAAUCAUGUAUCUUGUGUUAUUUUCGAGCAAAACUUGGAUUAAUAUUGGAUGCACGAUAUUAGAAGCAACGUUUUCCAGCGAUACAGAAACACCAGGACACCGGAUUUGGAUUACGAACGCAAAUCGGAACCCGGUUUAAUUGCUUAUUGAUUAUAAGGCGAUUAAAACGAUGACGGAUCUUGGUGGACCACGGCUGAAGAAGACGCUUCGAAGCCGUUAGUGUAUCGAGCUACAUGGAUCGCAGAAAUGGCGGCGAUCCUUUGGCGCCUCCUCGGCCCCCUAAAUCUCUGCCCCGUGUUCAUCGUCCCCGGGCUCCCGAGCCGACCAUAAUGAGCGCCACAGUCGCUGCCAACAACAAUCACAACAAUCAAUCUACAGCUAGUAGCGCUAGUAAUACGACGAUCAGUACGACUACGAAUCGAAGUCUCAACAACGUACCGCAACUGUCACCAAAACCUAGGAAUCUAAGCUCGUCCAGUUCCCCUGCACGUAACAUUAGUAGCAAUAUUAGUUCAUCAAUUCCACCGCCGUUGCCACCUGCCCCUCAGAUCGUACCGCUGACGCCACUACACAGCCGAAGCAGCAGCAACAGCAGCAGUCACCAUCAUCAUCAUCAUCAUACGACCCACCACCAUCAUCUUCCUAGUAGUAAUACCAGUAGUAAUAGUGUAGCACAGCCAGCAAGUACCUUCUCGCGACGACGUCCACCGGCAGCUUUACCAUCAAUCUCGAUACCGAGCAUUUUAGGUCCUAGCAUAGAUACGACUGCGUCGAAUACCACGACAACGUCUGCCACAUCCCCGGUCACCCUGGCUGCACCUAGACCAGAGAACGAAAGGCUUACUAACGAGUAUGUCGAUACACCGUUUAGUAGACUCUCGCCUGCAUCGAACCAUCAGCGACACCAGCAGCAUGCUGUUGGAUCCGCGACGACCACCGGGACGACGACGACGACGAGAACGUCGUCCCCGGUGGUGGCACUACACCCCGCCAACAUCCCAGAACAACAGCAUCGACAACUAUCAGUAUCGCAUACGAAUAAUCGGUUACAUUCACCUAGCACUAACAGUAGUAGCAAUAGUACAACGGUGUCGACACUUGGUAAGCCAAUCGGGUCCACGGCGACGACGACCACGACGCUGCAUAGCAGCAGUAGGAAUUUUAACAAUAAUUCUAUCAACACUAGGCCAAACCAAUUACCACUGGGACAUACUACGAUUACGACGACGUCGUCGACGACGACGACUACGACAGGUACAACGGGUACGCCACUGUCGGCCGGUGGGUCACCAACGAUACAGUCAGCAUUGCCAAUUACCAAACAACCAGUAUCGAACGCGUUCAGCAAAGACCCCCCGGCAGCUGGUCUGCAUGAGCUCGACAUCGAUCUGCACCCCACGAACGGUGAUCUACUUAACUCCAUCACCUGUCCGCAGUGUAAAAAGUGUCGCUGCGAGGGAUGCCAACGACCUCGGCAGCUUCCCUCCCGGUGGCUAUGCGAUAAUACCUGUCUCUGCAGUGCGGAGACCAUCAUCGACUACGCGUCUUGCUUGUGCUGUGUUAAGGCACUGUACUACCACUGUGCGAAAGAUCCGGAGCUGGAACGCGAAAACGACACGAUAUCCGAUCCCUGCUCCUGUUUACCGCACAAACGAACGACUCGGUGGGCCUGCCUCGGAGCACUAUCCCUGGCGCUGCCAUGCCUCUGCUGCUACUGGCCGAUGCGAGGCUGCGCAGCCCUAUGUGCAAAAUGCUACGCUAAACAUUCCCGACACGGUUGCCGCUGUCAGUCACAGAACGGUAGCAGUAUCGCCGGUAGCAUCCUCACCGGAGGUAGCCUCGGUGGCGGUGGCAAUGGUUCCGGUGGUACCCCCGGUGGCAACGGAACCGUGGAUCAUCAUCUGCACGGCAGCAACACGAUCAGCAGUAAAUUUUCCGCCGUCAACAGUACCAGCCCUUUCGGAAAGGGACACCAUCAUCAUCACCACCACCACAGUCACCACCAUCAUCAUCAUAGCGAUCUUACACCCGAAAAGCGCCUGCUCGACUCCAGUCCAGAAUACUGAUAUAUGCUGUAUCUGUAAGCGGGCGGUCCUGGAGACGACGCUGAUCGGCUGCAGCAGCAGCCACGGUAGCAGCGGCGUCUUAGGAACUGUUGUUAUUUUCGAGAAAAUACGCCCGCUGGCAGAGAUCACCAUCGCAUCCGGCGUCCAACGGUAAACAAUAGUGUAGUAGUAAUAAUAAACUCCGGCGCGGGGCAUCAGACAACGCACGCGUGUUCUGUUAGAAAGAGAACGAUUGAAGGGAAACACACACACAGAAAAGAAAGAGAGACCGCGAAUUUGAAGAGGGCGAAAAUGUUUUUUAAUUAUAAUUUAACCAAAGACUGCAGACUAUUAUUGAGUUAUGUUUUUUUGAUAUAAAUAAUAAUUAUUUUCGUGUUAUGCAAGCAAGCAAGCAAAAAAUGAAAGGAACACUAUCAAGAAAUUGCUCUUCAAUGUCGGCAAAUAACUCCCCCAAAUGUAACGAUUAAUAACUACACCAUUAUCAUCCCCGGUCGAAUAGGAAUAGGGCAGCGAAGGCGCAGACGAGCAAGCAUCAGCUAGUUAGGAUCAGAUAUGAAAAUCGAUUUGAUGGUUUGUUCAGCUUGUUUCGAGCUGUUCAGCUAGAAAUGUUUUCAAGCCACUGACUGCUAGAGUUUCGUU